CAGAGAUCCCGGAUAACCACCUGAAGAUGAAUCUCUCAGGCAAACAGCUGACGGAAGUUCCAGCGUUGGAUUCAUCACAACGCGUCGUCAAGCUUUUUCUUGAUAUCAAUGACAUUUCUAAUCUGAAUGGAAUAGAACACUAUGAACGGCUGGAAACGCUGUCGUUUGCUUCCAACCGUGUGAUCUCACUCAACAGAUUGCAAGCUUUGAGACACGUGCACGUGUUGAAUGCAGAACACAACAACAUCGCUGACGUAGACGGAUUGUCAUCUCUGCAUCAGUUGGAGUGGCUCAGUCUCGCUGGAAACAAUCUAAAAGAUUUUUCUGCACUGAGAGUGAACGUUAAGUUAAGCCACUUAAACGUAUCCGACAACAGCAUUUCGUCAUUGGGAGAUAUUUCAACAUUGAAGAAUUUGAAGGCUCUUCUGUUACAUGGCAACAUUCUGACUUCAUUACGAAACGUACCAACUCAUCUGCCUGCAUCUCUUGCUGUCUUAACUCUCGCUGACAACGAAAUACACGAUCUCAUUCAAGUGUCAUAUUUGUCUUGUCUUUCUAAUCUUACACAUCUUACACUUGCCUCGAAUCCGUGUGUACUGAUGACAGCACAGAAUGUAGGAUUCAAUUAUCGUCCAUUUGUGUUAUACUUUUGCCCGCGACUUGCCACAAUUGAAAGCUUUGAGAUUUCUUCAUCUGAAAGGGAUAUAUCGAUCCAGCUCUUUCCAGAUGGUCGUGGCUGCCCAUUUGGUGUUGGACAGAAUCAACAGUUGGCUCAGUAUCUUGCUUUACACUGCCCGUUGACAACGUCAGAGAAUCUCCAUGCGACCGUCGAGACCGAAACUUUGGCUCACAGACUCCUUUCAAGACAUCGACAACACGCAUCCAGCAUCAGUCCCAGAGCAAGCCCCCUCACUUCACCUCUUCGUACGUCGCAACCAAUCAGUUCCAAGUCGUCACCGUCAUCACUCAACCAACGAGUCAAUACAUCUCUUCCCUCUCUGCCUCUAAGAAGUCAUCGCUCUCCUCACCUUUCCAUUUUGUUGAACGACUCUCAUUUGUCGACUGCAAUGCAAAGCAUCGAUGUUGAAAGCCUGCAGUCGCAGCAAGACGACUUGGAGCUGCGUCUCAGCGAGUAUCAUGAACAACAGAGGCAGCAGAUGACCGAAUUGUUUCAUCAACAGAGACAGAUGCUCAAACAGGGUGUUCCUUUGGAGACAGUGAUGAGUAGCAUGUCAAGUGAUUUGCUUGGUUCUUCGUUGGGGAAAUUACAGCAUUCGUUACAGGGAAGUCCUCAAUCUGGAAUGAGAUUGGAUAGCUCUUUGCAAUCAUUCAGUAGAAUGUCACACUCAUCACACACACAUCUAGAAGACGACAUGACAACCGACGACUUCAGUGAUCACAGCAAUGAUCUCUUGGACUCGACGACGCAUUAUCUGCCGUUAUCUUCUGGACUGCCUGUGUCUUCUCCUCAAAAGUCCAGUGAGUUGGAAGAGAAUGAUGAAAGACAGCUGACUGAUCAUACUCAUUCUCAUAUUGAUACGUCAAUUGAGAUUGUUAACGCAAAGAGAGGUCAUGCUGCCACACUCAUCCAAGCAUGUGUACGAGGUUAUCAGCUACGACGUCUAUUGGCUCCUUACGUUGAACAAUCAAAAGCAGCAGUCAUAAUCCAAUCAGCCUGGCGUGGUUAUCAUAUCAGGAAGUAUCAUCCAGCAGUGCUUGCAAUGAAGGAAGCAGUGCGCAUCUCUCGAAUUGAAUGUCACAUCGUCAGACUUCAGCAGGAAUUAGCUUGUACACGCGAGCAAUCAAAACAACAAGGAGAAGUGCGAAUGCUACACGAAAAGGCAGUCGGCUGUUUGUGGGAAGAGGUGCGUGCACUACUGCAGUGGAAACAGUCUUGGGUGCAGAGGGAGAUGGUAAAGGCGGCCACUAGAAUUCAGGCAGCUUGGAGAGGUUACUGCACAAGAAAACAAUUUCACUUCCACAGCACCACAACAGUCUCAUCUCUAACUCGUCUCUGUAAAACACUUCAAAGCCAAGUUCAAGAACUACAUCAAGUGAUUGACAAUUUGUCAGCCCAAAUUUACGUGCCUGGUGAAACAACAGCAAGAUUUCACAGACUUGGAUUUACAGGAGGUGAUAGAAUGGAUGAUGAAUGGUCAACAAGUAGCAGCUACACAGCGGGUGGAUCGGAAGGAGAAAGGGUAGAUGAUGGAGAUGACAGAAUGAGACCAGCUGAGGAGCAGCCAGCAAGUCUUGAACUUCAGAGUCAAGAUAGUGCAUUUCUUAUCUCUGGGACUCCAACAACGCCUGGAAGAUUGAGUGUUAGUCAGCGAGAAGGUAAUUCGGUGACACUGCAGUGGUCUCCUGCCUCGCCACGUCGACUCAGCAAUAAAGUGGAGCUGCCUGUGUUGGGGUAUCACGUCUAUGUUGAUGGAAAGAAAACAGAAAUGGUGAGUGCCGGAAGCCUCCAAGCUACAAUGAACAUAUCUCCAACUCAAGAGCAUCAACUUUCUGUGAGGGCUGUGUCUGCUAUGGGUGAGUCUGUAGAGUCAAACUCGCUUUGUUUGCCUCCUGUCGAGUCAUCAAACGUGCAGACACCUCAUUCUGUCGUAGCCAAUGCCGAAUCUGACGGCAGCGAGACAAGCAACCAGAGCAGCAAAGCAUCGUCUCCUACAGAGACGUCCAAACUCAUUGUGUCGCCUCGUGAUCGAGCUGCGAACCUUCUGUCUUCUCUUCAACAAGAAAUACUUGGUGAUUCGUCUCCACACGAUGCCAGUUCUGAUGUGCAACAUGUGGCUUCAUGCUCUUUCUUUCCUGCUGUUGAGGAAGACUCGAAAGAGAAUCAAUCACCUAACGUUGACUGUGUAAACAAAGCAAGCAAUGGAGCUGUAGUUUCGGCACAACAAAAUGGUCAGGAUGUUGAUGCUCGUAUCUUUAAACGUCAACCAACUUAUGAGCAUUCGCUGUCUGAAUCGAAUGGGAUUGACAGCCCGGCAAGUGUGUGGAGUUUAUACUCACUACCGUCGAGACUUCCUAACUUAGAUUUUUCACCCUCUGGAAAUGCGACUCAACAAGGAAAUGUUACGAGUUGAGAGUGAGCAACUAAGGUGUAAACGGACAGUCCAGAGUUGUUGGAUUAUACAAAAUAUAUGUGACUGUUUAACAUGGUAGAAUGCAUGUUUGGGUGGGAUGCGUCAAGUGUUUUUUGGUGUUCUGGUUGAUAUUUUGAUAUCUGAAUAUUGUUAAUAUCUCUAUGCAUACAGUUAAAGUGUGUAUGAAAUGUGAUUU